AUGCCCAUUUGGGUCCCCGAUGAUCUUGUUAAGGCUUUCUCAGCUGACGAGCGUCAGCGCAACAUGCUGACGAAGAUCAGCGAGGGGCUGGAUCGCUUGCUGCUGGCAGCUGUUGAACCAUCCCUUGGCCGCAACCCCGGCGUGCUGCCGGACCUACCGAGGGACGUGGCGCUCCCCAGCACCGGUGAGGUCGAGCGUGACGUCAAGACCAUCAUCAGGAAGAUGGACGAGCUCGAGGGUAGUCUGGUCACCCACUUCAGGGGCGUGUCAUCAGAGGUUCGCACGCUGAACAGCGCCGUCAACCAGCAGUCAGAGCGACUAGUGGGACGUCAAGAAGGCAUCCUCAGCGCCGUGCAGUCCUGCCAGCAACGGGAGAACGAAGUGUCCAGGAGUGAAGGAUGUGAGAGCUGUCAGACGCUGGAGGCGGAGGUUGUUAGUCGGCUAGAACACCUCACUCGCCUCACGCGCAACCAAGACCUCGUGCUGCAAGACCUCAAAAUGUCCACUACUUCCGGUUUAGAACAGCAGCAGACUGGCCUGCUAUCCGUCCUUCGCGAAAUCCAGGAAGAAGAAGCAACUUCAAACGGGUCGCUUUCUACUGUUCUGGAAGGUCUCCGUUCUCUGGAAGAAGCGUCGCGUCAGAACUUGGGCACACUGCACUCCAAUUUGAAGACUGUUGUAGACCAGAACAGCGCUCUUAUUCAAGAGAAAAUUGAGACCAUGGCCGGGGCUGUCAAAGAGGGACAUGCUAACAUCAUGGGAGCUCUGGAUGACUCAGCCUCUAUGACCGACAACUUGCAAUCCACGGUGGCCGACAACUACGAGCUUUUGUCCAAGGAAAUCAGCGGCCUGAAUAAGGUAGAGCAGGUGAUGAUCAACACUGCAGACGCUGUCCUCGAUACCAAGCGAAGUAUCGAGUUUGGCAUUCAGCAGAUCAUUCUCGAACUCAGUGAAAUUGUCAGCAAGAGUGGCAGUAACAUCAAUUCAACGCUGUCUGAUCAAAUCAACAGCAUUUCAUUCAAUAUCCUCAAGAACCAAACCUCAGCUCUCACGAACAUGACCCAAAGAAUGGAGGACGAGAUUUCGCAGGUAUGGAGGCAAAUCGGCAUCAUGUACCAACAAGUGGAACAAUCGGUGCACAUGUUAGAUGAUUUGAAAGAUACAACAAGCCAGCACAUGAACGUGUCUUUGAGUCGCGUAGGGAACAUGGAUGGAACUGUCGGCGAAAUUAACAACAAAGUUGCGGACGUUGAAGGCAAUCUGAACUACCUCCUUGGACGUCUUUCCCUCGUUGUGUCAGAAUUCAACCACAUGAAGGUGGGUGUUGGCAACGAGCUGGACAGACUCCGGGAAAUGGCCACUCAAGAAAUAACGAUUCCAAAUGGUAACCAAGACAGUCUGAAGUACAACAUUAACAGGAAGCGACACAUUCCUCAAGAAUAUGAAUGAACAUCACUGGAAUCCUCAACUAUGAACUGAAAUAUCAACUAUUUCCUGACAAAAUUUGUUCACCAAAAAGCUCUCGGAGAUUUUAUUUGUAUGAUUUAGAUUAUAAGUAUCUUUCGAUCUUUUUUAUUUAAAUAUUGGUAUGGCAAUCAAGAUAAUUUAGUUGUCACAUUUUUUUGCGGGAAAAUUUUUAGAUGACGGGAAACAACGAUGUUAAAAUUCAUACAUUGAAAUUGAAUGGGUGUGCAAUUUUAUUAGAUUG